AUCUUGGAAAAGGAGAAAUGCUCAAUAAUGUAAUCAAAUUUGUGAACAACAUUUUUGAGAAAUAAGCUUUUUGUGCAUAUGGAACAUUUCUGGGAUCUUUUAUUUCAGCUCAUGAAACAUGGGACCAACACUUUACAUGUUGCAUUUAUAUUUUUGAUCAGUAUAUAUACACUGAGCAUACAAAACAUUAGUUAUUAGUUUAUGUCACCUGUUAAAUCCACUUCAAUCAGUGUAGAUGACAGGGAGGAGACAGGUUAAAGAAGGAUGUUUUAAACCUUGAGACAAUUGAUACAUGGAUUGUGUAUGUGUGCCAUUCAGAGGGUGAAUGGACAAGACAAAAUAUGUAAGUGCCUUUGAACGAGGUAUGGUAGUAGGUGCCAGGCGCACCAAUUUGUGUCAAGAACGGCAAUGCUUCUUUUUCACGCUCAACAGUUUCCCAUGUGCAUCAUGAAUGGUCCACCACUAAGGACAUCCAGCCAACUUGGCACAACUGUGGGAAGCAUUGGAGUCAACAUGAGCCAGCAUCCCUGUGGAACGCUUUUGACACAUGGUACUUCAUGCCCCGGUGAAUUAAGGCUGUUCUGAGGGCAAAAGGGGGUGCAACUCAAUAUUAGGAAGGUGUUCCUAAUAUUUUGUACACUCAGUGUAUAUAUUGUGGACUUUGUUGACUGGAAAUGUGCACAUGUGAAAGGUGAAAUCAACACAAAAAAAGACUUUAUCAAUAUAACGGCACAUUAGUGAGUGAUACUCUGAAGAAGCACAGAGGCUGCUGCUCUCUCCCCAGUGACUGUUGGACAUUCAAGCCAUGAGUGCCAAUUUGGAAAUUAUCGAACAGUUACAUUAUACAGUCAGUGGGACUGUCAGAUUGCCAUUGAUGAAUCAGAUUUUCACUGAACCCGGAUACACCCUGUUCACCAUUACAUAAGUGUUGGUUGGGAGGCAGGGUGGUGUGAUUAGGCUCCCUGGGAGCAGAUCAAUCAGCAGCCCCACUCUGGGACUCACAUCCACUGCAUGUGGUCUGUGUGACAACAGCCUCUCCAGCCAGCAAUAGUAGACAGGUACAGGCAUACUGAAACUGGGAAACACUUGAUGUUGCCUUGCCAAGGACCUCUGUCCUUGGUCAAACUUUGGUUCCAUCGUUGCAUACAAACUGAUAAUGUCACAGAAGAGAGGGAGUGGGCCAUGGCAGGUUUCGGUGAGCAAAAGGGACAGGGCGAGAGGAGGGAGGGCCAUAGACCGGCAAGGAAUCGCUAGGGGUAGAGAAAUUAUACUGAUACGGGUGUCCCUCAAUGCAGUUAUCACGACAGUGCUAAAACUAAAAUGGCCUUAGAAGGAGGGAGUUUUAGUCAGGUUUCUACAAUGUGUGUUUUCCAUGUGUGUUAAAACUAAAGAGAGAGAGUGAUGAAGCUUGAGGCAGGAGGCUAUAUGUUCACAAUCCAUAUCAUGAGAAAAGAAGAGUCCAUUUUGAAGUAAUCUCAAUUUAGCCUAUGACCUUAUAAUUGCAGACUUGUUUAACUCUAUAGGCUGAUGUCCUCUAAAAAGUACGAUAUAUUAUUAUGAAACUGCCCUUAUUAUGUCUAUAUCCAUCAAUCAAACCAUAUAGUCAAAUACAAAUCUGCAAUCAGAACAAUGUAAAUCUGAAUGUAUAUGUUAAACAGCUAUGCUGAACGGAACUAUGUGGUCUGUGAUUUGUAAAUACCAUGAUUUUUACAAUAAGCUUACUGCUUGGAGGAAUUUGACUGUUUGUUUUUGGUGGUCUCAUAUUUCAAACCCUCGUGACAGAUGUCGUAGGCCUAUGGGUGUGGUUUGCCUUCUACCUUGUUGCCAUCCAUCCAUAACUUACGUGCAAAUGCUGACUUGUGGUGAAUUCACCUGCGGAGCUUCUCCUGCAUUCUUCAAGCUCUAUGAAUGAUACCUAUUGAACACAAUGCUAACCAAAGCUAAGAAUUCAUAUAAUUAUUUUGAUUCAACUCAAUGGGACGGUAGGAAAGAAUAUGGGCAAGUUUGGUUUUCCUUUUCCUACCAAUGGAUAAAUGAGGCGUCAUGAUUUUCUUAAAUCUUGGGAUGUUGACUAGCCUAUGAACAACCUAUGCAGCUUGCUCGAUUAUUGUACAUUGCUGGUGUUCAUUUUCUAAUUCAAUGUUUAAUAUUAGUUUAUUAUGUAUUCGACUUCUUAGAAGACGCCUACUGUAAACCUAGUCUACAGCCAUCACUAAAGGAGCAGAAAAGCAUAAGAGGAUCGAAUAGUCAAAAUGAUGGAUCUUCAAUAACGUUUUCUUUCCUCUACUGAUACUCACGUCUUCUCCACGCCUGAGCCUACAGUACUUUUUGUAAGUUACUCCUGACCUUAGGCUUGUUAUUUAAUGAACAACAGUAUGCUAAUGUAAUCGGUUGUUAUGGAAACCUUAUUUUAGCUAAUGUAGGUCUACAUUUUGUCUUUUGGAUAUUAUUCCUAAUGUAUUCAUUAUAACCUCUAAGUUGUAUGUGAUUGUUGAUCUUUUGGGGGGUUCAUGAUGGCAAGCAUACAUUCACAAUAGCAAAAUGUAGACAAAACUAUGUGGGUUAAUAACCUUGAAACGAGUAUUACAUGGAAGUUGUUAUAUCUCUGGCAACUGGAUGUUUGUUAGUUUAUUUUCACCAACUUUUAGAGGAAUAGGAAACAUGGUAUACCUUCAGGUUUCCUAAUCAAUGUUGUGUUGAAAGGUACAUGAUGUAAAUAUCUUGGGCUGUGUGAUGCUCUGAGUCCUUGGCCAAGCACAGAUAACAAGCCUCUCUGGAACAUCACCUAGGACACUGACCCUCAGAGACCUGCAGUUGCCUCUAGUUCUGACUGGCUGUAUCCCCUUAUUGGUCUCACAUUAAUAAAACAAACAGCCAAUGGCCCGAUGCCGAUGCAAUGGAACGAUCUUGUGCCUCUGCCUCAUGCCCUGUGUGAUGAUGGGACAUCUCCUGAUUUAUAUCAUGGUGUCCAUAUUUGUAUCCAUAUCCUACUCCCCUCCCCACCUACCUGUCCACUUUGUUGCCCCAGGGGUCUCUGCCAACUCUGGGGCACUGGCCUCCCAUCCCCUGGGCCCCUUCUGGAACCUUCGCCUGGAGGACAGUGCUUUGUGGAACCAGCUUCAGCAUCUCUGGGACCGGCACCAUAACCCCAUUUUGAGGGGCAACUCAACUGCAGGUAUGAUCACAAGGCUUAGCACUCAGCCACCAGAGAUGGAGGUCUCCUCAGACUGUGGCCCAGACAAGUGCUGGCUGCCUCACCUACCUGACUUCAAUACCCUGCCAGAGCAGAUGAGGGCAUUCGUCCAGUCCAUGCAUUGCAGGGUGUACCCCUUCCUCAUGAACCAGCCCAGAGUGUGUGCUGGCAAUGAAAGCACUGGGCCGGAGCUACCUAUGCUGCUAAUGGCCAUCAAAUCCCAGGUGGGAAACUUUGAGAACAGGCAGGCUAUCCGGGAAACAUGGGGGAGAAGUGGCUGGGUGAAGGGGGAGCUCGGGGGGAGAGGUGGGCUGGUGCGUACAGUAUUUCUGCUGGGUAGACAGGACUCGACAACGGGCCCUCACCCAGACCUUGGGGGCCUCCUGAUGCUGGAGAGCCAGCAGUAUGGGGACAUCCUGCAGUGGGACUUCAGGGACACUUUCUUUAACCUGACCCUGAAAGAUCUGCUUUUCUGGCAUUGGCUUCAGAACCACUGUCCAGGGGCACAGUUUGUCUUCAAGGGUGAUGAUGAUGUUUUUGUCAGGACAAGUUCCCUCCUGGACUACCUGCAUAAACAGAGGGAGGAGAACGGCAUGUGGAGCGCAGAUAGGAACAAAACUGAGAAGAUAAAGGAUUUAUUUGUGGGGGAUGUAAUUCAGAAUGCAAUGCCAAACCGACAGCCAACCACCAAAUACUAUAUCUCAGAGAGUUUUUACAAAGGUGCAUACCCACCAUAUGCUGGUGGAGGAGGAGUGGUGUACUCUGGUGCACUUGCUAUGCGUCUGAGACAAGUGUCAGAGAGGGUGCAUCUGUUCCCCAUCGAUGAUGUGUAUCUGGGCAUGUGCCUCCACAGACUUGGGUUGGCCCCCAUCCAUCACCCUGGAUUUUAUACCUUUGAUCUCCCAGAAACAGAGAGGGAAAAGCCUUGUGCUUACAGCUCUGUGCUGCUGGUUCAUAAGCGAAACCCUAAAGAGAUGCUCACGCUAUGGAGGAGGCUGCAGAGUCCACCCUCACCAUGCUGAAGAAACUGUAAAAGGGUGGGGCACCAGACCACGGCCAUUAGGCUGUGGUGUAAAGUACUUAAGUACAAAUACUUUAAAGUACUACUUAAGUAGUUUUUGGGGGUAUCUGUACUUUACUUGACUAUUUAUGUUUUGUCAACUUUUACUCUACUACAUACCUAAAGAAAAUAAUGUACUUUUUAUUCCAUGUUUUCCUUGACACCUAAAAGUUCUCGUUACAUUUUUAAUUCUUAGCAGGACAGGAAAAUGGUUCAAUUCAUGCACUUAUCAAAAGAACAUCCCUGAUCAUCCGUACUGUUUCUGAUUUGGCGGACUCACUAAAUACAAAUGCUUUGUUUGUAAAUAUUGUCUGAGUGUUGUAGUAAGCCCCUGGCUAUCUGUACAUUUCAAAAAAAGAAAGAAAAUCAUGCCGCCUGGUUUACCUAAUAUAAGGAAUUUGAGAAGAUUGAUACUUUUAAGUAUAUAAUUAAGUAUAUUUGAGCAAUUACAUGUACUUUUGAUACUUAAGUAUAUUUAAAACCAAAUACUUUUAGACUUAUUCAUGUAGUAUUUCACUGUGUGUCUUGCACUUUUAUUUGAGUCAUUUUCUAUUAAGGUUUAUUUUUAUUUUUUUACUCAAGUAUGACAAUUGGGCUCUUUUUCCACCACUGCCAUUAGGGCAGUGACCAUAGCUUCAACCCUCGAUGCUUAAGUUAGUUAAUUUACUCAGAACAUGUCAUCAAGACAUUUUAAGUCUGUUUCAUUCCAAUUCCAAUAAAAUCAAUUCAACUGUCA